UCUUUGCUUUUCUUUGUAGAUAAGAUGCUCCAAGUCACUUGCAGCUGAUCUUCAAAAGAAAAAUCACUAGCUCUGCUCUUGCCAUAAUACCAAACCCUUGACUUACGCUUUGGUGCUGCAUCACUGGAAGAAUUGCUCACGGGUUCCAGGAAUACCUUUUUUUUUUUUUUUUCAUUUGAGUGAUUCUUUGUGGAUGGAAAAAGAUUUGAGUCUUGAUAAUUACACUGUUUUAAAGCUAUUUCUUUAUAGUCUGAACUGUUUCAUAAAUCGGGCCACUUACCAAUGAGCCACACAGCCGGCUCCUGUCAGGAGCUGGUUGAAAACUGUGCUGCGCAUGUAGCAGAGAUGGCACAGGAAGACGGCCGUCGUGCUCAGGUGCCAUCUACCUUCUAUCAUGGUGCCAACCAGGAACUGGACCUGUCCACCAAAGUGUACAAGAGGGAGUCGGGAAGCCCUUACUCCGUGUUAGUGGACACCAAGGUGAGCAAACCGCAUCUCCACGAGACAGAGGAACAGCCGUAUUUCAGGGAGACCAGAGCCGGCUCCGACGUGCGUGCUGUCAAAGAAGACCGGGAGAAUUCUGAUGACAUGGAGGAGGAGGAGGAGGUCUCUUACAAAAGGGAGCAGAUCAUCGUGGAGGUAAACCUUAAUAAUCAAACGUUAAAUGUGUCUAAAGGGGAGAAGGGUGUCUCUUCUCAGUCCAAAGAGACUCCUGUCGUUAAGACGAGCAGCGAGGAGGACGACGACGAGAGUGAGGAGGAGGCCACGGACAACAGCAGUGACUAUGGGGAGAACGCGAGGCAGAGGAAAAAGGAGAAGGCCGCGGAGAAAGUCGGCGUCGCACAAAGGAGGACGAGGAGGGCUGCCUCUGUGGCCGCAGCGCCCGCUUCCCCUGCUCCCAGAACUACACGCGGGCGUAGGAAGAGUGUGGAGCCUCCUAAGCGGAAGAAGCGGGCCGCCAAGGAGCCCAGAGCGUCGGCCCAGAAAGCUAAGUGUGAGGAGAAGGAGACUCUGACCUGUGAGAAGUGCCCCAGGGUGUUUAACACGCGCUGGUACCUGGAGAAGCACAUGAACGUUACUCACAGGCGCAUGCAGAUUUGUGAUAAGUGUGGCAAGAAGUUUGUCCUGGAAAGUGAGCUGUCCCUUCACCAGCAAACAGACUGUGAGAAAAAUAUCCAGUGUGUUUCCUGUAACAAGUCAUUCAAGAAGCUCUGGUCCCUUCAUGAACAUAUCAAGAUCGUCCACGGAUAUGCAGAAAAGAAAUUCUCCUGUGAGAUCUGUGAGAAGAAAUUCUACACCAUGGCUCACGUGAGGAAACACAUGGUCGCGCACACGAAAGACAUGCCUUUUACGUGUGAAACCUGUGGGAAAUCGUUCAAACGCAGCAUGUCACUCAAGGUGCACUCCUUGCAGCAUUCUGGAGAGAAGCCCUUCAGAUGCGAGAACUGCGACGAGCGCUUCCAGUACAAGUACCAGCUGCGCUCCCACAUGAGCAUCCACAUCGGGCACAAGCAGUUCAUGUGCCAGUGGUGUGGCAAGGACUUCAACAUGAAGCAGUACUUCGACGAGCACAUGAAGACGCACACUGGAGAGAAACCCUUUAUCUGUGAAAUCUGUGGCAAGAGCUUCACCAGCCGCCCCAACAUGAAGAGGCACCGCAGAACUCACACAGGCGAGAAGCCCUACCCGUGCGAUGUGUGCGGCCAGCGGUUCCGCUUCUCCAACAUGCUGAAGGCCCACAAGGAGAAGUGCUUUCGGGUGACCAGCCCCGUGAACGUGCCGCCUGCUGUCCAGAUCCCACUGACCACUUCCCCCGCCGCCCCCGUUCCUUCUGUGGUGAACACACCCACAACCCCAGCCCCUCCCAUCAACAUGAACCCUGUCAACGCUCUCCCGCCGCGGCCUGUCCCCCACCCGUUCUCACACCUGCACAUCCACCCCCACCCGCACCCGCACCACCUUCCCAUCCCACCCGUCCCUCACCUCCCCCCGCCUCCAGCUCUCUUCAAGAGCGAGCCUUUAAACCACCGCGGCCAGGGCCAGGGCGAGGACAGCUUCCUGCGGCACCUGGCCGAGAAGAACAGCGCGGGGCAGCACCAUUAACACCGUCUCCGGGGUGUUCUCCACGGUGUUCUCCACGCUGCGUGCCCACAGGCAGCCGGCGAGCGGGGGGCAUGGCCGCCCUGUCUGCUCAGCCCGCCAGGAGCUCGGCACUGUCUUGGUGAAUCAGCACAUCGAGGGGUCGAACACGAGCACCUGGAGCCCUGGAGGGGCCGUCAUCCAAACCAGGGGAGCCACCAAGCGGAAGCCCACUGUGCUUGCAUUUUCUGGUGACUUUUAUAAAUGUCAAACACUCAGACUGUGGAAUUUUAUAAUUUCAUAUCAGCUGAUGAGGUAUGCUUGCUUUUCUACCCCGGACGUCUCCUCCAAGAGGGGACAGGCCUGGUUUCCUUUGUACUAAUCGGGAAGACUGUGAGGUUAAUCCAGAGCAUUAAUUGUAUCACUGUGUAUCGUAAUGAAUUCUUUUCAGCUUUUGGUGCUGGCUACCCAGUUGAGCUGGCCAUGUUUUCACAGUAUAUCAAGCAUUAUAGAGAAAGAUGGAAAUUUUCUUCUUUGUGUAGCUCUCCUAACACACUCUUUAUUUUACUACAGAAAUUAUUUUAGAGUUUUUGUAUAGACUUCUUUAGUAGUCUGUUUCUAAAAUGAAAUGUAUUUCAAUAAGCGGUGUAAUUUUUUCAGUGUCGCUGGACCUAUGGUGUAAAAUAGAAAAAAAAAUUUAUAAUCAUCAAAAUGUGAUUCUUAAAGAUGCAUAUAACUUCUAUAGUUCAAAGUUACUAUUCUUACAUCCGUACAACUCAAAGGUGCUUCAGAGGCUAGUUGUGUGAGAGGGUCUCCAGACCAUGCCACCGCAGAAGUGAGGUUUCGCUUUCAGAACUUGGCGUCAGCCCUAGGUAGUUUUUAAUCUCUGCUUAAUACUCAGUCUUUGGGCUCACUGACACGCUCCUGUCCUCCGGGCUUCGUUUGGUUCAGUUCGUGCAUUAAGUGGACGGUUUGCAGAGUGUGGGGCCUUUCCCAGGGAAGUCGCCCGAAGUAGCCUGUUUCGAAAAUCCGAGGAAAGCUGCUCACUGUCCAGAGGAGGAAGUAGUGGGGAUGGCCUCACCCCGUCACGUCUGUUUCUCACUUCCCUUGGAACCGUGCGUGAAGUCUCCGUACACUUCUCAUUUUGAGGUCGCUUUAUUUUUCUGGAAUCGUCAGGAAAAGGUAGAACAGCACACCGAGAUCACAAGCGUGGCGGUGCGGAGGGCUGAGCAGUGUGGGCGGGAACACAGAGCUGGAGUUGGCGUGUCCGUGUCACUGCACAGAUCCACGGCCGGGAGCCGUUCCCACCGUGAACUGCGGCCCGGCCUGUGCUCUGCAGGCCUGGGGUCGCAGCGCGCGUGGGCGAUGCGGAGGGCGGCCUCGCUGAGACCUGCGGCAGGUUCCUUUUUCAGUCUGGAGAACUUUGAAAGCACAACCAACCAGCAGCUGACUGUAGGCAAGGCUGCACAGAAGGGCUAACUGUCAGUGUACUUAGGGAUCAGAUUUAUCCAGAUUCAGUACAACUAAAACUUUUGUCCUCUUUCAUCUCAGAGAACUGAGUUCCAAAGCUAGGAGUCUCCUCCCUUUCUCUCUCCUCCUCUUUCGGUUUUUGAAAAUUUGUUUAUUUAAAAAUACGUAGAACGCUUCCUGAGUUUGCGGGUUGUCUCUGUGCGGAGGGAGCGGAUCCUCUCGGACCGGUCCUGGCAGCCAGGUGCUGCCGAAGGGCGCACUCUUGAUUUUGUUAAUCCUGAAAUGUCUUCGUUUUUCUUUCCUCCGGCUGGUAAGUCAUUGCCUGAGUCAGAACCCCGGCUUUUAUUUAUUUUUAGUAGUAAUCAGCAGACAUACUGUAAGCACCUUUCUGGCUGAUUAGCUCUGAUGAGGGGAAAGUUGAACUUUUUCCAUCGAGAUUAAGUCCUAUUUUAAAAAUACUGCAUUCUCUAUUUGCUUUUUGGUUUAAUAUGUCCAUUUUUUCCCCAUUGUGAUUGUUGCCUUUGUCUUCUAUAAUGAGCAUAGACAAAUUUUGGAACGAGGCAGAAAAGUAUCUCAAAACACGCUUUUCUUCCUGGUUUUGGAUCUAAUUUCUAAAGAAUGCUACUUUUGCUACUUUAAAUAUUUGUAUACAUCCUUUGAACACCCAGGUACCCCACCGAAAAAGGACAGUUAAUUCCCUGUUUGUUCCACCUUUGGUGGCCACCUGCUGUCGCUCCCACAGUCUCCUGGGAAUUCCAUGGCAAGCUUUGGGUCUGCGCCUUUAUGUAGACAUCAUUAUCUCAUGGCCACGCCUACGAUAUUCAAGUCACUUUUUACUAGAGAUGUAAAUUGCAGCCUGGUUCAUUGGCUAUACCUUAUUUUAUCUAAAUAAACGUACAGUAAAGGGCAGCAAUUCUGAAUUCUAUACUUGAGACCAUUGAAGCAACCGUUUUAUGAGGUGUACUACGAGUAUACACUGGAAAAUUCAGGUAGUCAUCUUUGAUUUCUUUAUUCGAGUGAAUAUAGCCAUAAGAAAGUAUCUGCUACACAGGAAAGCCGGUAUUAAGCAAAUAAUCACCCCCACCCUUAACAGAAGCAGGUUUUUUAAAUCGGCACGUCACGCAAUACAGUUCUUAGUGAGACGUGUGGUGGAACAAUCUGAAAACUUCCAGUUUCCCCCCACUGCAUAAGUAUUCCUUUCCCGGCAGGAUCUGUGGUCUUCAGGAAAAUUGCCCAAAAUAUAACGACCCUUCAUCAGUGGCAUGUCACAUAGGAGUAAUGAGACGCAUUAAGCUUAGUCACAACCUGAAUGCUUCUGAAUGUGAGAACUGCAGGAUUAAGCCUUAAACAUGUGCACGUCAGGUGUAACAUGCCUGAGGCUCAGACUCAGGGUUGAAAACUUGAUUGGGUCCUUAAUGCAGAUAAGAGUUGCAGUACGUGUGUUCUCUCCCACGUACAGCACAGCACCCGUGAUUUUUAAAAAACCGAUUCCUACUUGCUCUCUGUUUAUGGGAAGGGGAACUGUGGAGGGGUUUGAGUUCUCAGCCAUUAUCUGUACUUAAGUCUGUUUUUUAAAGGUAGCAGUGGCCAUAUCUCAGCAUUACACAGAUACCAAAUGGAGGCUGUUUCUCACUACUUAACUUAACUUUAUUGUCUUGUACCAUUGCCGGGGUCAAGACUGACUUGAGGAAAGGUCCCAAGGACUUUCUUGAGUUGAUACUGCUUUUUUUCCAUUUUUUUUCUCAUAGAUUUAUCAUUCAAAUAUAAACUCUUCCUUAGCCUAUCGAAGGGCUGCUUGCUGCUUUCUCAUAUUAAGUCAGGUCUGCUCAGACCAAGCUACAUUUUUUAAUUUGGAGGAUGUAAGGUGAACAGUUGAAAAGGUAUGUGGCUUCAUUUCCGAUUUGAUUCUUAUUUUUAGCAAGCAGGGGGGUCACCACAUAAAACUUUAUGGUUACAUAUGCUUUCCCAGUCUACCACUUACAUGAGCUGUUCUCUGUUAAUGACUGACGUUCCUUAUAAUCUGACUGUCUUUAGUGUACUAACUGGAGGCAAAAUACUCUGAAGAGAUGCUUGUGAACUUUGAAUGUUCUACUUCUUGAACAUUUUUCAGUGUUUAUGUUCAUGAGUGGACAUAUGUGGUUAGUUUAAUUUUUAUUUCACUGGAAGUUUUAAAUUUUGAGAUCAAGCAGAAAUAGAAAUCCAUUGCAGAUGUAUGUAUAUUUACCCCAUCUUGCCGAUUUCCGUUAGUGAAACACAGGUGGUGGUGGGGUUUUAUUGUAAGAAAAAAGAACUAAAGUUAGAGAAACCUUUCUGUUUGAGCUACUGUAUAGAAGACACAGCUUUGAUUACAUUGUUGAUCCACAUGACGAACAUUUCGAUGCUGUUCUAGACUGUGUGGGAAGUAUUUAAUGAAAAGGGGGUUAGAUUACAUUGAAGAAUUUUAUCAGCUAUGUACCAUUACAAAAAUAAACUCACUUGGAACUCUUCAGACUGUAAAACCCUUCAGACUGUAAAAUUUACUGAGAGCAAGUAAAUAUUGGGUUUUCAUUUUCCUUUGCCUAAACCAAGAUAAAAAAUUUCCCAAAAGGUCAUUUUUUCAGGAAUGAGAGGUCAUUGGCCAUUAGAGAUAGUGGCAUUAUUAUGCAAUACCAGCGCCUACCUAACCUGCUUCUGUCCACGAUAGCGUUUAUAACAGGUACCGAUGACCUUCCAACCCUGGGCACUACCUCGUUAAAGCAAACCAGGGAUCCUCUCUACACCUUCUAUGGAAGCCAUAAGAGUCGCCAUCAACACCCCCACUUUCCUACUUCUCUGCUUUUCUACACUCUAGACUUUGUAUAGACUUUAUGAUGAGAUCUUUUUGUCUCAGAGGAUAGGUUUUGCAAGAUUCAAAAGAAAAACUCCUUGGUUGUCCCAACUUUGAAGCUGGAGGCUCACUACAUUUAAAUAAAGAACCAGAUAAUGUACCGUUUAUCAAAUUCUUCAUUUAAGUCAAAACUACUUUGCAGAGUUGCCUAUUCAGAAAGCAAACUUUUCUUUCCCCUGAGUAGAUGCUAUACUAUUAUAAGGAGCUACUUACAAAGUGGAUUUCUGCCUUGUUUCUCUGUGUACUACUCGGUGAUACAUGUAUUGUCGCAACGUCUCUGGAAUUUUUCUUUCCAGGCGGCAGAUACGUGACUAUACACGUCUCUCUGAUCCUCCAUUAUCUGAUCCUCGCACUGUUCCUGAGUGCCUUCAAACAGCCAGCAUCCUGGAACAUUCUUUUCCUGGUUUAAAUCCUACCUCUGAUGAUUUCAUUCGCCAGGAGAUUUGAAAUUCACCCUGUUCCAGUGGGUUUGGCUCUACAAACAGCUAACACCGCGGACGAGAACUUUGAACGUGUUUGUUCUGUCCCCCCUUGUCAUGGUUAGGUUGCAUUUUUAACUUGUAUUUAUAUCUUCUUUCUUCACAUACCACAUCUCUAAUGAUGAGACAUUUUAUCCUUGUCUCUCUCAUUCUUUCGUUCCUUUCACCAGAAACCAGAUGUUCUUUUAAGAGGAAAGGUCACUGAGUAUCUCUUUUGAACAUCUUUUCCUCGUCCUCCUGACGGCCUCCUGUUGCUAAGGGAUCCUGAAUGCUGCUGUUGUGAUACCCUAUUCCUGUGUGCCCUUUCUCUCCCAGAAAUAUUUUGCGAGGUUGUACCCAUACCUGUAUUCUAAUCGCAUCAUUUAAAGGUGCUCUCUGGGUUUAUCCUAAGUCCUUGAUAACUUUCUACUCUCAUCCUCCUCAAAACCUUUCUACUUGUUCUCAUCUAAUUAAUUGUUUAAAUAUGGUUGAUAGAUAAUAUAUGAAGGAUGUCAUAAAAAGGGGGUUGCAGUGUGUUCUCCGUGUGAUAUGAGCACCUUAUUAAUAAAACAUGUGAGCAACUGGCCAA